GUUUUCCAUUUUUUCUUUUUUAAAAAAAAAACUAAAAUUUCUCUCAUGUCACAUACUAUUGAUAAAACAACAUCCGCAGACGAUAUUCUCAAAAUUUACAACAUCCGAUUAGACGGUAAAGUAGCCAUUGUUACUGGAUCAAACACUGGUAUUGGUUUAGCCACUGCUCGUUCUUUAGCAUCGGUUGGAGCCAAAGUUAUUAUCCCUAGUCGUACUCUGGAAAAAGCUCAAGGUGCUGUUAAAGUGAUUAAAGAAACUGUCCCCGAAGCCGAUUUAAUUGCUAUGCAACUUGAUCUAUCCGACCUUGCUUCUGUGAGGAAAUUUGCUCAAGAUUUUUUACAGCUCGACCUCCCUCUGCAUAUUUUGAUCAAUAACGCCGGUAUUAUGGGAACACCCAAAUCAUUUACCAAGGACGGUUUCGAAUCACAGUUUGGGGUGAAUCAUCUUGCACAUUUCCUUCUUGUCGAUCUCUUAACAGAAAAAUUAAAGGCUAGCGCACCUGCUCGUAUAGUCAUUACAUCUUCCAGUGCAAACAGUCAAUUUGUCCCCGUCUCUGGUCUUGAUUUCGACAACCUGAAUUCGGAAAAAGGAUACGCUUCUUUCCCUGCUUACGGUCGAUCCAAAUUUGCCAACGUGCUCCAUGCUAAGGAGCUUCAACGUCGAUUUGAUGCUGAAAAUGUAGACAUUACCGUAACAAGUCUUCAUCCUGGAUACUGCAAGUCAGAACUGGGGAGAUACAUGUCUUUUUCAUCUUUUUUCAAUAUGCUGAGACACAUGAAGAGUUUCACAAUUGGUCUGGAAAUCAUGUCCUACCUAAAGACGGCAGAGAUUGGCGCCUCAACCAAUGUCUUUUGCGCUGUAUCCCCUGAUGUUAUCAAGGGCGAGUUUUAUAGUGACAAUGCUGUGAAUACCUAUCUUUUACAUGAAGAAGCAAAUAAUGAAGCCAUGGCUAAGAAACUUUUCGAAGUGUCGCGUGAACUAGUAAAUAAGACUCUUUAAAUAGUAAUAACUUUGUAUAUACAAUAAUAAAAAAAAAACUCUUACUAAGCUGUGGUAUUUUUUUGAUACCAGCAGAAA